GGAACAACAGAUGGGUUAUUAUUUUGUCUGUUUCUCUUUAGAUGACCAAACUGCUUAUACUGCUUGGGAAUCUUAUACUCAGUUAGAGAAAUACAGUAACACGAAGAAGGAGGUGACUUACUCAUUGCAGUACACCACCAUCCAGGAAGAAGAGGCGGCUAUUAAUACUGGUUUAUACAUAUACCAUGAUCUCAAAUGACUGGGCGGAAAAUCCUUCAAGGCCAGGAUCAGAGGAUAUCCUGCAUCCUUCUCAGAGGGACACCUUCAACCAGCUGACACAGAUGCAGUCAAAUAUGGACGUUCCCUUUAAGAGCACAAUAAAAGAUCGGUCUUUGAAAUUAGGGAAUAUUGGAAUCCCGUCCCAUCUCAUCCACGUGUGCCACUGGCCAGCCUAUACCACUUAUACAUCGCCCACGGUUAAGAAUUUUAUUGAGCAAGACAAAUCAAGAACUGCCAUGUUCCUGGAAGCAACUCAUUUAAGCAGUCUAGCCCAGCACCCCAGGGAGACCAGCCAAGACCUGCAAAGGAAAACUAGUUCUGGUUCUCAGGAAUCAGAGGGAGCUCAACCAAGUGCAGCAGAGUCCCAAUUUAGAGCCACUGUCAGUUUCUGCUGGGCUCGAAAGGAUACCCUAGGCCAUUAUGGUGGCCUGGGGGGUCCAGGCAGACUUUUGCCUACAGAUGUGAAGAUGGGAACAAUCUGUCAUUGAGCUGCUUUGGAAGCCUGGAGAAGUAGAAAGAGCAGCUGUGCAAAAGUGCCUUUAUUCAACAACUCUAGCUGCAAAGUGAAAACCUCCUAAUAAAUAACAGUAACUAUAACUAAAUGGGUGCCAAUAACUUGGAAAACCUGCUAAAUUUAGAGUUUAUCCAUUUAUUUUCUGGCAAGACUCCUGUCUCAUUAAUGGCUGCAUGAGAAGCUGAAGAAAUUCAAUAGGUGAAACAUUUCAGUGUUGGCUUCAUGUGGAUGCCAGGAACAUUUUCCAAACUUAGUUUGCAGAAAAUAAAGAAACCAUCAGAUUCCUUUUCCAAAAUGACUGAACUGAAUAGGCAAGAAUAUCCCUGAACUAGCAGCAGUUAUAUUUAAAAAUACAAUGUGGAAAGCAACGUGAAGACUUUUUAUCUGAAUCUGAGGAGCUCAUUUUGCUGGAGAAGUUUUGUCUCUAAGAAAGAUUCAUUUAUACACAACUACACAGUGCUUUAAUUUUAGUUAUUAAAAAGUAUAGUUGGUCAAAAGUGUUUAUGUGAGCUUUUCAGGACUUUGAUUUCUAUCCAUUUGUAUACUACCUCAGAAGGUCAAAGUGGCAUCCAUCCAUUCCACCCCACAGGGAUGUUGUGGGAAAAAUAAGAGGAAAGAAUAUUAAGUAUGUUCACCACCUUAAAUUACUUAUUAAGUAAUAAAGAUGGGGUAAAAAAAUCUAAUAAAAAUAACAUACCAUAGAGACUUCAUGCGAGCCAGUUUAAUCAAAUCAUUCCAAUGAUCAGAUUUUCAUAGCAUAAAUUAUGCUUGUAUAUCAGUCUUAAAGUUAGUGAUAGAUGCAGUAAUUUCAAAUACAUUCAGUGGUAUCAUUUUACUGACAGAAGCUAGAUUUGGAAGGGUGAUGGUGGGGGACAUGCUGGGGAUUCCUUGAAUAAAAAUGACAGGUGGCUGGAGUUCAGCCUUUCCUUUGAAGUACUUCCAAAUAUUUUUGAAAGUGUUUUUUUUUUUUAAUCACAGAUCUGUAGGGCAGUUCAUAGAAACAGGAAAAGGUAAUCAUGACACCCUGGGCCUCAAAAUCAGUGUUUUCUACAACUUGGCUACAGUGUCAGACUUGAUGAAGAGACUUCCAAGUCUGAAAUGCAGGUCAACCACAAUAGUCACAGGAGAACCUUUGAUGCUACCAACUAAUUGGCCUUACCGUCAUGAAAAAGGGUUUAAGAUGCACAUGUGAGAUACGAGUAUCAGAGUUAUGGAGCUUCUCAGUCAUCCAAGUCAUGGU